GAGGGCUCGGAAACCAUGCCCUACAUUGACGAGUCACCCACCAUGUCGCCCCAGCUCAGCGCCCGUGGCCAGGAGAGUGGGGAUGGCGUCUCACCCACGCCCACCGAUGGCCUUGGCACAGGGGGUGAGCGAGAUGCUGGCAAAGGCCUGGAGAUGCGGAAGCUGGUGCUCUCUGGUUUCCUGGCCAGCGAGGAGAUCUACAUUAACCAGCUGGAGGCCCUCUUGUUGCCUAUGAAGCCACUGAAGGCCACAGCCACUACGUCGCAGCCUGUCCUCACCCUCCAGCAGAUCGAGACAAUUUUCUACAAGAUCCAGGACAUCUACGAGAUCCACAAGGAGUUCUAUGACAGCCUGUGCCCAAAGGUGCAGCAGUGGGACAGCAACAUCACCAUGGGCCACCUCUUCCAGAAACUGGCCAGCCAGCUGGGGGUCUACAAGGCCUUUGUGGAUAACUACAAAAUCGCAUUGGAGACAGCGGAGAAGUGCAGCCAGAGCAACUACCAGUUCCAGAAGAUCUCAGAGGAGCUGAAGGUGAAGAGCUCCAAGGACUCAAAGGAGAGCCACACGUCCGUCACCAUGGAGGCGCUGCUGUACAAACCCAUUGACCGGGUGACGCGGAGCACCCUCGUCCUGCAUGACCUCCUCAAGCACACCCCGGCCGACCACCCUGACUACCCGCUGCUCCAGGACGCCCUCCGCAUCUCGCAGAACUUCCUCUCCAGCAUCAAUGAGGACAUCGAUCCCCGGAGGACAGCAGUCACCACCCCCAAGGGGGAGACCCGGCAGCUUGUCAAGGAUGGCUUCUUGGUGGAGCUGUCGGAGGGCUCGCGGAAGCUGCGGCACGUCUUCCUCUUCACCGACGUGCUGCUCUGUGCCAAGCUGAAGAAGACGGCGGUGGGGAAGCACCAGCAGUAUGACUGCAAGUGGUACGUGCCCCUGGCCGACCUGGUGUUCCCCUCGCCGGAGGAGUCGGAGCACUGCCCUCAGGUCCAUGUCAUCCCCGACCACGAGCUGGAGGACAUGAAGAUGAAGAUCUCAGCCAUCAAGAGCGAGGUGCAGAAGGAGAAAGCCAACAAGGGGCAGAGCCGGGCCAUUGAGCGCCUCAAGAAGAAGAUGUUUGAGAAUGAAUUCUGGCUGCUCCUCAACUCGCCUGCCAUCCCCUUCCGCAUCCACAACCGUAACGGGAAGAGCUACCUCUUCCUGCUGUCAUCCGACUAUGAGAGGUCCGAGUGGAGGGAGGCCAUUCAGAAACUGCAGAAGAAGGAUCUCCAGGCUUUCGUCCUGAGCUCGGUGGAGCUGCAGGUGCUCACGGGAUCCUGCUUCAAGCUCCGCACCGUCCACAACAUCCCGGUCACCAGCAAUAAAGAUGACGAUGAAUCCCCCGGGCUCUACGGGUUCUUGCACGUCAUCGUCCACUCCGCCAAGGGCUUCAAGCAGUCUGCCAACCUUUACUGCACGUUGGAGGUGGACUCCUUUGGCUACUUCGUCAGCAAAGCCAAGACCAGGGUUUUUCGGGACACCACUGAGCCGCAAUGGAACGAGGAGUUUGAGAUCGAGCUGGAGGGCUCCCAGUCCCUGCGCAUCCUCUGCUACGAGAAGUGCUACGACAAGACCAAGCUCAACAAGGACAACAAUGAAAUCGUGGACAAGAUCAUGGGCAAGGGACAGAUCCAGCUGGACCCGCAGGCCGUGCAGACAAAGAACUGGCACAUGGAUGUGAUUGAGAUGAACGGGAUCAAGGUGGAGUUCUCCAUGAAGUUUACGAGUAGAGACAUGAGCCUGAAGAGGACUCCCUCCAAAAAGCAGACUGGUGUUUUUGGGGUCAAGAUCAGCGUCGUGACAAAGCGUGAGCGCUCCAAGGUGCCUUACAUCGUGCGCCAGUGCAUCGAGGAGGUGGAGAAGAGGGGCAUCGAAGAGGUCGGCAUCUACAGGAUCUCUGGUGUCGCCACUGACAUCCAGGCAUUGAAGGCUGUCUUCGAUGCAAAUAAUAAGGACAUCUUGGUCAUGCUGAGUGACAUGGACAUCAACGCCAUCGCCGGCACGCUGAAGCUGUACUUCCGCGAGCUGCCCGAACCCCUCCUCACUGACAGACUCUACCCUGCCUUCAUGGAGGGGAUCGCCCUCUCGGAUCCUGCUGCCAAGGAGAACUGCAUGAUGCACCUUCUCCGCUCGCUGCCUGACCCCAACCUCAUCACCUUCCUCUUCCUGCUAGAGCACUUGAAAAGGGUAGCUGAAAAGGAGCCCAUCAACAAAAUGUCUCUCCACAACCUGGCCACGGUCUUCGGCCCGACACUGCUGAGACCCUCCGAGGGGGGGAGCUUUUUUUCCUGCCUGUCUGGGUUAGGUUUGUACCCCCCCAUUUGCCUGCUACAGGUCCAGGUCCUUCUCUACUACCUGCAGCAUCCUCCCAUCUCCUUCACUGAGCUGAAACGCAACACACUUUACUUCUCCACGGACGUGUAGCCUGCAGGGAGAAGGCACCAGCUGCAAACACUCCCAGCUCCCUGCUAGGGGACACAGACUGGAUCGCAGCCCCCCCCAGGGAGAUCGGCCCGGACCCAGGAUGGUGCCGCCUGCAGCUCCUGUACAAUCGUGUACCAGUGGCCCAGCCCCACCCCAGGCGCCGUGCCUCUCUGUAAAGUAGUCGUGUCUUAUGUCCCUUCUUGUGUUCAAGAAUUGUUUUUAUGUAUAUUUGUUCAACGGAAGAGGUAGUGACUGACAAGGGCUGUGGACACAGGCUUCCCCCUUGGCUAGUUUCCUCCUGGACUCCUUUCUGCCUGCUCACUCCUACCAGGCACCCCUCGUCUCACCCGGCUCGAAGCCUGCAGCAUCCCACGAGUGCCUGUUUUUGCUGCCCAGCUCCCUUGCCCCAUGCCUGCAUGUGCAGCACCGGCUCCCUUCAGAGGCUGGGAGCUCACGGGCUUCCCUCCCCAGUGACGGUGAUGACCAGCUCUGCUUUGGCUUGCUGCCUGCGCAAACGUUGGACCCCCGUGCCUGGAUCCUGCUCUGGCCCAAGCAAACUUGCGACCGUGAGAGCAAGAGGAGCAGGGUGCUGCUUCCUCCUCGCCACAUCUCUUCUGGGUGCUUUCAGGCCAGUCCCCUCUACAGCCCUUACCCUGUGCUUUGCCUGUCUGCGUGUAGCAUAGCGGUUACUUCCCUCGCUGUUUCUCGCCUCCGAGGAGCGUUUUGGGGUAACCCAUCACACAAGGCUGGAGCGAGAGGUGCUGUGCUGGUCUCGAUCCAUGGCAGGCUUGAGGGACAGCCAGCUGGGCAGGUCUGCUCCCUCCGUCAUGGGCUGACCCCAGGUCUGUGCUCUGGCACUGAAGGGGUCCCACUGGGGCACGUGGGUCCCACAAUCUCCCCAACAGGCCCUGGCAGGGCAGGGCACGGGGGCCCUGCCAUUUCUGUACACCCAUAUCUCUGCCAUAGCAAGGCACACACGAGUGAGACAUGCACGCCACUGCCAGCCCAGCGCUACCACAAGGGUUGCCGACGCUGGCUGCAUCCCGUGGCCGAGCCGGCCAGGGCACCAG